AUGGUUUCACGAAUUAGGUUCACUUUGACACCUAGCAAGAAGCGACAGAAACGCGGCGGUAAAGGGGUGGUGAAAGCCAAGAAAGUUACUGCUACCGACAUGCAGCCGAUUACGCUUUCCAGAGCGCCGAGGGGCAAGAACAAGUUCGUAACCGUCGUCGUCGGUCUCGCUUCUUACGGCAUCGAUUUAAAAGUGGCAUCCAAGUACUUCGCCCAAAAAUUUGCUUGUGGUUCUUCGGUCACAGGCGCAGACGAAAUAGUGAUUCAAGGCGACGUCAAGGACGACCUUUUCGACCUGAUACCGGAAAAGUGGCCUAAGGUAAUCAAUGUCGUAGUUUGGCAGUUUUGCUGUACAUAA